AUGAAAAAAGAUAUUAUUUUAGUACUUUUAAUAGUAUUACAUUUAUUCUUUUUUGUUUCAAUAUUCGCAAUUUCACCAAAUUCAGAGAUAAAACCACAAACAAUAGACACCCAAUCUUCAACUUUAACAACUUCCUCUACAACAACAACAACAACCUCUUCACCAACAACAACCCCAUUGGACAUAAAACAACAACAAUUAAAACAAAAUAUUAUAGAUAGUAAUAAUAAUAAUAAGAUUAAAGAAGAAGAAAAAGAAAAAUCAAAGAAUGUUUAUGUUACAUUUGCAGAUAAUGCAGAAUAUUUAAAAGGUAUAGUAGCAUUAAGAAUGUCAAUGAUAAAUACAAAGUGCAAUUAUGGAUUGAUUGUAUUUGUCACUAAACAAGUUGAACAACAAGAUAGGGAACCAUUACAAUUGUUAGAUUGUGAUGUUAGAGAGAUUGAAAUGGUUGAUAUACCAAAAGAAGUGAGUGUCCAAAUCGACAGAUGGAGACCUGCUUUCACAAAGUUCAGAGCAUGGCAAUUGGUGGAGUAUGAGCGUGUCAUUUGGCUAGAUUCCGAUAUGUUGUUGUUGAAAUCGUUGGAUCACUUAUUCGAUUUGGUUGAUAUCGGCAACCCGAAAUUACUAUAUGCUGCAAUUGACGCAGAUGCGAAUAGUUGUGUGUUCAAUAGCGACCGUUUGAAAUUAAUAAAUUCAGGUAUAAUGCUAUUGUCACCAUCGAUUGAUGUUUAUAAUCUGUUGAUUGAUGGAAUGGUGGUAGUUAGUAAACUACCAAACCAGAGCACUGUAAACGACCAAGAUGUGAUCAAUACCACUUUGCCACACUGGAGAUCCUUGUCAUAUCCAGAGUAUGGCGUUCAAAUAACACAUUGUGAAUGCACGAGUGAGCCAAGACUUUGGAAUUUUACAAAUACUUAUUUCUUACAUUUCACUGCCGGUCUAAAAGAAUUACCAAAACCAUGGUCACUACUAAAGAAAUCUCAAAAUGAAGCUAAAGAUAUCUUUAAACAAAUGCCAACUUGUAUUGAACAAAUUUAUUUAAAUUGGAUUAAUACAUAUAAAGAAGCUUUAGAUUUUAUUGAAAAUAAAUUAAAUUUAGUUAAUUUAGUAAAAUAA